GGAAAACCUCUCAGAGGAUAUUAUGUUAUGUUUUAGAUUUUUGGAAAGACGAGUUUUUCUCUGCGUUUCCUUCUCAUUUUCUCUUCACAUUCUCUCUAGCCAAACACCCUAUGAGGAUGAUUUCUCAGGGGAUGAGUGGCUAAGUUUCACGUUUCUUGGAGUGAUGGAAGCUAGGUAAAAGACCCGGAUGCAAAGGUGGGAGUUUUCCUUGCUUUAAAUGAAGGUAGUUGUGUAUCAUUAAUGGUUUGUAUUUCAAGUUUAGAAUCACCUUGAAUGCCCAAUACUUGGUAAGCUUUUAGGAUUCUAUGGAUGCUUAUUGCUAGAUCCAUGGAUGUCCAUUAGUUAUCAAGUACGAGCCAUUGGAAGGUGGUUCAAGAUGAGGGUCUUUAGUGUUUGAAGCCAUUAAUGGGAAGCAACUACCAUUUUUCAAGAACCCUUUGGAUCAAAACUUAUUUACUAAAUACAAAUCCGAUUCGGGAGAUAAUCGUCCUUUAUGUUAUUGUCCCUAAUGCGAUGAGAAGAUCCAGAAUUUCCCACUUUGCAACAGGAACCUGAUCCUAGUAACCUAUAGCUCCAAUAGACUUUCUCUUUAUAGUAACUUCAGUUGUUUAUGUUUGCUUAACUUAAAAUCAACCUUUCCAAUCAAUCUUAUUUUCAUUUAAAAACUAAUUUUCGAAAAAAGGAAAUCACCAUUUAUUCUUUCAUUAAUGUUAAGUGUACAAAGAAACUCAUCCAUGUGGACGAUCCUAGAGCCACUAUACUAUAGUAGUUUUGUCUUUGCUACCCUAGUAUAAGGUGUUGUAGAUUUUAUAAAUGUUUUGAUAAACACCCAACUGGGCACAAAUCAGGUACCCAUAUACAUAUCGGAAAUCACACCCAAGAAUAUUAGAGGAGGAUUUGCAUCAGCCCAUACGUUGGUGUUAUGUUACGGCUUUUCUAGACAUUUCUCUUGGGAACUGUUCUCCGCAUUUAUUUAAUUCAAGGGUAGAUUAAAAGGUAAUUAUCUUUCAUUUCGUUUUCAAGAACUGCUCCAUGUAUAUUACAUAUUAUUGGUAUAUUCUUCAUUCCAGAGUCCCCUAGAUGACUAGUGAGCCCAAUUCAAAUUUUUUAGAGGUUCUUAAUUUACAUGGUUUUAGAGUAUAGUACAAACAAAAAAUUGAAUCAAUCUUAGUUAAUUUUCUAUGUCUUUUCGUGGAUAAUAUUUUUAUCCAAAAUCAUGUCAAGCUGAGUGCAAGAGGAAAUUUAAGCAGAUCACCAUUUUGUAAAUUAAAUGAAUGAUGCAAAGCAAAAGGCAAGCAUCCAAAUGAUUUGUGCAAUUAUCUGCAGGCAAAGACUGGGUGAGAAAAAGAGUUGGAAGCUGCUUUACAGAGGCUAAGGAGAAAGAACACAGAUAUUUCUCAAGAGUCAGCUGAAAUCAAAGUAGCAUUUUAUAUUCUUAUGCUCAUGAAUGAAUGUUUGUUGUGUGGUUGAUAUUGCCAUUAUUAUUUGUUUGGAACAAGAAAUGAGAUGGCUUCCUUCUUUUUUGUGGACUAUGCAGAAAUCUGUCAACAGCAAUCAGAAGCUAGAAUUCUAGACUUGUUUCAGCUGAAAUAUGCUCAUUCACUUAUAGUUGGGAUUGGGUUGAUAUUGCUGCAACAACUUGUAGGGUCCAGUGCAAUUUCUAGUUAUGCAUGUUCCAUCUUUGAAUCAGCUGAUUUUUCAAGUACAUUCGGGACAGCAAUUGCUAUCAUCCAGAUUCCAGCAGUUGUCCUUGGUCGACUCUUAGCAGAUAGAUCUGGAAGAAGACCACUUCUAAUGGUUUCUGCUGGUGGAAUGUGCUUGAGGUUCUUGAUUGUAGGAUUGUCAUUCUUAUUACAGCUGAUCUACAAUCAGGCAUAUUUAUCAUUUUACUCAUUAAGCUUGAGAGGACUACCAUGGCUUAUCAUUUCAGAGAUAUAUCCGAUAAACAUAAAGGGCUCAGCUGGAAGCCUAGUAACAUUCGUUGUCUGGUUCUCUUCUACGGUUACUAUGAACAUUCUUCUUAUUCUUGAUCUUCAGCGGUGCAACUAUUCUAUUCACGGCAAAAUUGGUUCCAGAAACCAAGGGGCGGACGCUAGAAGAAAUACAAGCAUCCAUGACCCAGUUUCCGCAGCACUAAAUUAAUGAACUUACCGUGCUACACGGGAAUAAGUAUUGGAAUGAAAUAUCUGCUCUGAACAUUUGUUAAUUUGGUAAUGUGAAGUUGGGUACCUUUGGUCAUCCUAGCAUAAUAAAUAGUUAGCCAUGAAUCUUCUACCAUCUAGAUCAUAUAUUUGCAUGCCAUGUUAGAUGGACACGAUGGAUAACAAAUCAUAUUUUUGUUCUUGUUGGAAUUGAAAUACAACGAGAAUGACAGUGAAUUGGGUAUUAAAAACUUUUCCAACUAAUCAACCAAUAACAAAAACAAUGAGAAAAUGAGUAAAGCAAUAAUAAUUGAAGAGAUUGAGAGAAGAUAUAUGCAGAGUAGUUUAUAGUGGUUUGGUACCCUACCUACAUCCACUCUCCUCAAGUUUCUAACCGAGUGAGUAUUGUUUCACUAUCUCCAAGACAUUGGAAGCCAAUCUUUCACUUUGAUUUCUUAAAUUCUAAUUAACUUUCACAAUCCUAGAACAAGUUUAACAUAAUACAAGGGAAAGUUAGGAUGGAUUUGAAGGUCCACUAAGGGAAUUUGUAAGUGGGAAAUCAAUAUACUUUGAAGAAGAGUUUUGAAUGUGAGAAAUAAUAUUUUUUUUCAAUUGAAUAUAUACAAUUGUUCUCUUGUAAAUAAAUACUCUAAAACCCUUCAAUUUAUAAGUUUCUAACUCUAGAAGCCAAAAUGCCAUAAAAAUAUCAAGACUGAUUAGACACCAAUUUGAUCGAUUAACUAUUCAUUAGCCAUUAAGUGCUUUGCAUGUGAUUUUUAGGGUUUCUAAGCUCAAUCGAAGGUGUGAAUGAUCGUUGGCUGGUUCUCAACUUGUCGAGGUUAUGUCUUAAUUGGUGUCACCCCAACUUUUGCAAGAGAGAGAAAAUAAGGAGCACCAUUAUUCGACCCUUGACUA